AUGUGCAUCGUUUUCUAUACGCAGGUGCAGCCUGGCUACAAACUUGUGCUAGCCGCCAAUCGCGACGAGUACUUGGAUCGACCGGCAAGUGCUGCUCAUUGGCAUCGCUUCGAGCAGCCCGAGCAGCCCCGUGAUGAUGACUACGUUCUCUGCGGUAGAGACUUGGGUAGCCCAGACCAGGGGACCUGGCUGGGCAUUACAAGAGACCUCAGAAUAGGGAUCCUCACCAACAUCAGGUAUCCCGUUACCCCCACGACCACGAUCACACCGUCUCGAGGCUUGCUGCUCAAGGCAUUCCUUGCACCUCCACCUGCUCAGGCUCCUCCGAUCGACGACUUUCUCAACUCGAUAAGCUCGGAAACGUACGCAGGCUUCAACCUGCUACUGUUUCACCUCCAUAAGCGACAGAAUGGCUGGGGUGAGGACGAGAUCGGAUACCUCUGCAACCAGCCACAGCAUACACUCUUGUCGCUAUCCAACGACAAUGUCCCCUCCAGAGGAAUAUCCAACUCGCCCUUGGACGCCCCGUUCCCAAAGGUUGUGGAAGGCGAAGCACGAAUGACCCAGCUGCUCGCCGACUGCCACGCUCAAGGAGGUUCAGAGGACGACUUGGUAGAGAACCUCAUGUCGCUCCUCUCCCCUUCUCGGCCCAUCAAGACAUACACGGACAUGACACACUCGACGCGCAUCGAUCCCUUCUUGUUGGGGCCAAACCCCAAUGCCUCGCCUACGCCCGAGGUGGCUGGUGGCCGUUGGUACGCCACUCGAGUAUCCACCGUCAUUCUGGUCAAGGACGACGGUCAAGUGCUGUUUGUGGAAAGAGACAUUGCUACAUUGGAAGACGGAGUAGUAAUCCAAGGCUCGGGCGAGCGGAAGGAGCGCUUUGCUGCCGAGUUUUCGUAA